UUGAUUACUUAUUUAUUUAUCGUUUUAGAAUCGAUAAGUAACGAAGAACGACUUUUGGAACAACUCGAAAAACGAUUAGCUGAUAGUGAACGUGCCUCAGACGCUGAGGAAUGUUGCGAGCAUUUAGAUAACCUGGAGAAUCUUCUGGAGAAAAUUAGCUCAUCGUUGGAAAUUGACGAAGAAGCGACAACAUCAAUGGACGAGUCGUUUGUGCGCGAUUCGUACGCGCGUCUGAAUGAGUCGCGGCGUCGACUUGCAGAUGCGACGCGCGAACGAAUCGCCGAAUUGUCGCGUGCUGUCGCCGACUGUGAACGAUUCGAGAAGCAAAUGGCCGAUAUGCAACAAUGGUCAUCACAUGUUUCAUCGCUUCUCGAUCUCAGAAAAUCCGGUGACGUCUCCGCGUUGGAUGUACCCGAUGAGUAUAAGGUUGGUCCCAUUUAUAUUGUUAAGUGUUGCCUGCACAUUUCUUUUGGGUCUGUCGGGUUUCUAAGUGCUUAUCACACUAGUGCUUUCCCCUUCUCUCUACCUGUGUCCUCUAGCCUCUUUCCCUGA